AUGGUUGAUAACAAGAAAAUAAAACUUCCGCAGCACUUGCAGUUAGAUAGUGUUAGUCCAGCGACUAGACUCUUAGAAAAGAGAAGGGCAAUGUAUGAAGUGUAAAAGGCAUUUGAAGAUUAGAAGGAAGAAUUCCAAAAGAAAGAGGAGCGUUUCAAGAUGCGUGAAGCUGAACUCAGAGAAAAGGACAUUUUGAUUCAGGAUCAUCUGAUUAAGUUCAGUACAUUCCUGCAAUAGCAUGAGAUGCGAAGAAAGAAGGAUAUGGAACUGGCUUAGUAGGAGAGGGAAAGAAUAAAGGAAAAAGAAGAGGAUAUUGAGCGUGGAAAGAUUGCACUGGAAAGCUUAACUGCCAAAGCCGACAAAAUAGAGAGAAAAGUGAAAGCUAUGAAAAAGUUCGAAAUGUUCUUAGAGAGAGUGAAGGAAAAUAAUCCAGAUGAAUUCUAAGAGUUACAUGAUAUUCUGUCUAGAUAUCAAACAUUGAAAGCAUCUAACGAAAGGCUGCAAGAAAAUUAGAGAAAAUUCACAGAGGAAGUAGAUAUGUUGAAUAAAUAAAUAGCGAUUUAUACUAAAGACAUGAAUACUGAGAAAAUGACUUUAAAUAAUAAAAUAGCUACUAAGCAAUAAAGGCUGGAAAAGAUAGAGGACCAAAAGGGUAGACUAAUGGCAGAAAGUGAAGAAAAUACCUCUAAAAAAAUGAAAAAGACUACUGAACAUGGUUAAAUUCUUAUGACUAUAGAUAAUUUAUACCAGAAGUGCAUAAAAAGACGGGACAUGAUUAUUUCUAUGAAAGAAAUCAUGGAGAGGGAGCCACCAAAGAAUUUCGAUGAUAUGCAGUUAAGCGGAGAAAACGCCUUAGCUCAACUAGGAAUUAUCAAAUAAUGCUUGGAGAACUUCAUCAGACUUAAGAGAGCCUUGGAUGAAAAGCCAAAUAUCAAAGAGGAAAAGUAGAGGAAGAGAGAGAAUAAUGAAAUUGUAUGA